AUGAUGGCGGGCGCAGCACAUCGAAGACCCACAGUCUUUAUCUACUUUACAGCGAGCACCUGAGGGGAAGAGGUUGGCCACUGUUAGACUACAUACUGUAGCCAAACUUGUUCCACUCGAUUCCCUCACUGUGCCAGUGGAGCUGUGCGGAAUUACACUGUUCUCACCCGCUGCCAGGCGACGAGCUGCGGGUCAGCGUGAGCGUGGGUAAAUAUUAUGUUUGGCCUUUUGCUUCUGUCACAUGUAGGUCCAAGAAGUCCAAAAUCAUGUCACUGAGGCAUGUUGCACUGCAGUUAGAUGUUUCAGAUUGAAACUGAUGAAAGUGUGUUCACAUUAAGAGCCCACCAGUGUUUCUAUAGGCCUUUUUAAUAGUUUACAGAGCCUCCAUGUAUCAAUUCAUCAGAACGACAUUGCAUUUCUGUGCACACUGAUGAUGAAUGGAUUGAUACUGACUGAUUGUGUUAGUUAUGCAGCAUCUUUUCCACUAGGUGGAGCUAUUCACAACUUCGGGGGGCUCAGGCUUGUUUUUGAAGAAAGGGAAAAGAAGAAAUAUAUAAAUAUUUGUGUGUGUAGUAGACUCAGCCUUGCUUCAGAUCCAGACCAGUCCACAAAAAGAAAAGAAGAUAGAAAGAAAGAGAGAUGAGUGAAACUGUCUGGGAAAAAGAUAAAGAGAAGAGAAAAAAAAGAGAAAAUAUGGGAAACAACAAUGAGAGGAAGGGAAACACAGAAAGAGAGGGAGAGACAUUGGCAGGAGCAAGAAAAAGAGAAAAACAGUGUGUGUGCAAGAGAGAGAGAGAGAGAGAAGACAAAACAGUCUAAAAAAGAGAGAAAGAAAGAGACAGGACAAACAGACUUGAGGAGAGAAGUAGAGAGAGAGAGAGAAAAGAGAGCCAAAAUUAAGAACAAUAAAUAUGGUAACAAACAGCCUGAAAACAAAGAUGGAUAGAGAAUGAAAGACAAACCAGUGAAGUGUGGAAUAAAGUGGGAGAAAGGAAAACACAGAACAUGAGGAGAAAACAGUGAAAGAGAGAAAGAAUUAGGUAAACAGACUAAAAAUGAGAAAGAGAGAAAGAAAGGAGAUAGGGAAAACAUAUAACGAUAGGAAAAUGAGAAAGAGGGGAAGGAGAUGAAAAACAGACUAAAAAAGAGAGGGAAAUUAAGAAAGAGGGGGAGAGAGGGAAAUUAAGAAAGAGAAACAGAGAGACAGACACACAGACAAAGUGAACACAAGAGAGAAAGAGAGAGAGAGAGAUAGAGAAGCAAAGACAGGGGCAGAAAAAGAGGGAGAAAGAGAGGGAGAGCAAGAGUGAUAGAAAUAGUGUGUAGAAUGUACAGAGAGAAAGAGGAAGCAAUGAGUUUUUUCCUGAACUAUUUGCCGGACUGUCCCUCCUUGAACUCUUGUAUUACCAUGACGACCACAUCCCAGAAUUUAGGGAGAGGAGGAACGAAGGAAGAGAAAAAAGGCUAGACAACUCUGAAUCUGUUGUUGUUUUUGUUGUUGUUACAUUUCUUCUUCUUUUUUUCUCUUUUUUAUCUGAGUGGAAAAGAGUGAGAGAGGAGGAGAGAGUGGAGGGAGGGAAGAACCAGAGAGAGAGAAAGAGAGAGAGGGAGGACUAAAGUGCAGGAGAAAGCAGAGUCGGUCAGAGCACACAGAGGAAAAAGAGGAGCGAGGUGAGAGCGGAGCGACGCCGAGGAGGGAGAGGAGAGGAGGAGUAAGAAGAGGAGAGGAGCGAGUGAAGGAGUGAAAGAGAGAGAAGAGAGAGGUGGCCAUGGGUCUGUGUGCUGUGCUGCUUAUCUGUCUAUCGCAGGCUGAACUGGCCAGGGUAUGGAGUCAGGAGCUAUCAGGUCCGCUCCAUGGCCGAUCAUCACGGUCAGAUGGAGAUCCCUCAGAUGUACAGAGAGUCAGGAGAGACCAGCAGGAGUCCAGCAGACCCUCACAGAACAGGACGACUCAGGAGGCGUCAACAGGCCUGGCCAUAGAUACACUGCCUGACAACAUGACCAAAAUAGUGGAGGACUCUCAGAGGUAUUAUUCAUGGCGCAGUUUUGGUCCAGGCGACAGGCGGACUCCGGAGCUCUGGGUGGACUUGAACUCGGUCCAGCAGGGUCACGUCCGAGUGCACGGCAUUCUGUCCAACACACACCGACAGGCAGCGCGAGUGGCUCUGUCCUUUGACUUCCCCUUCUAUGGACACCAAGUGAGGCAAAUCACCAUAGCAACUGGAGGGUUCAUCUUCACGGGUGAGAUUACACACCGCAUGCUGACGGCUACCCAAUAUAUUGCUCCACUCAUGGCCAACUUUGACCCCAGCUUCUCCAAGAACUCCACUGUGCGCUAUCUGGACAAUGGUGAGGUCUUUGUGGUGCAGUGGGACAAGGUACGGCUUCAGGGCAGGGAGGCAGAGGGAGCCUUUACCUUCCAGGCCAGCCUUCAUCGCAACGGCACCAUUGUCUUUGGCUACAGGGAUGUGCCUUUACCUGUGGAGAAGAUUAACUCUACUGAGCACCCGGUGAAGGUGGGCUUGUCUGAUGCCUUCAUGGCCCUCCUCUCUUCCCCACAAACCCCAGCAGAUGCCCGAAGGAGGACGAUCUACGAGUACCACCGUGUUGAAGUGGACACUACUAAGAUUGUAAACCGCUCUGCUUUUGAGUUCAGCCCAUUACCUACCUGUCUCCAGCACACCACGUGUGACCAGUGCCUGCGCGCUAACCUCACUUCAGGUUGUGGCUGGUGCAAUGUCCUGCAGAGGUGUUCAGAUGGGAUAGACAGACACCGACAAGAAUGGCUUGACUACAGCUGCUCAGAGGAGGCAAAGGAGGGCACAUGUGAAGAUUAUCCUCCGGGAGGUGACAGCUCCAUUAGCCCCUACAGCUCCUCUGCUCCCGCAGCCACCCCCUCUCCUGCAGCCAGGCCAGGUGGCACUGAGGACGACACCAAACUCCUUCACCACCAUGGCAAUGAUUCCCCGACAGUCCCAGCAGAUGAGGAGGAAGCUCCAGAGCACACAGCGAUCAUCGCAGGUGUAGUUGCGGCCCUGGUCCUGCUGGUGUUCCUGACCCUGUUGGCUGUCUACUACAUCAACACACAUCCCACUGUCGCCCCUCCAUUCUACCUCAUGCAGCGCCGCACCAAUAAUUACUGGCCCUCCAUGAAGUUUCGGAAUCAGGGGUGCCACUCCAGCUACGCUGAGGUUGAACUUGGAGUCCAUGAAAAAGAGGGAUUCAUCGAGGCAGAGCAGUGCUGAGGAGGCAGGUCUUCCGGCACCAAGGAGCCAUCUCCAACCUUUUUGUUUUAUCUUUUUUUUUUUUUUUUUUUUUGGUGGGAGAGCUCAAAGACAAAGGGACUAUGCUGAGCUAUCAACUACCGCUGAGGGGACACAAGAGACUGACCAUAGUUACUUCACAAGCUUUCUCUGCCUCCCUAGAUUUUACAGUUCCAUCCUGCAACACCUCUUAUGCUAUCCGUUUAGGACCGAGGAAUUUCUUUUUUUCCUUCUUUUUUUAAAAAUAAGGAACUGUGGAUGAUACUGGCAAGUUCACUGAAUACACUCUUUUGAUGAGAACGGGAUUUGAAUUAGCCAUGAUGAAACCCUGCAGUUUAUGUACAGUACAAUAUGACUUUCUAGAAUUUUCAUUUUGAGAAAAGAUAUUUUGUGUUUUCUAAUGUGUCGUGUUCAAUGAAACGAAGAAAAUAGGUCUAUGAUGCCUAAGACUCAGUUAGCUACAUGGACUGGACUGCACUUUAAUUGAACAAUCUCAUUAGUAGUAGUGGAAUAAUGUGAUCUGAUCUCAUGACUUCUUUUUGUAUUUAGCCCUUUACAAAAUGAAAA